UAAUAUUAGGUAGGUAUCAAUUGUGCUUUUCCUAAUUUUACUACCCUGUUUAGCUGUAAAAUGUAAAAUAAACAAUAAAUAAAAAAACAAGACUAAAGAUUGCAUGGAAUAAAAAUCAUGGGAGUCAGGGGCCUAACCACAUACAUAAACACGAAUCAAGACAUUUUUAUGAAAAAGUUUUAUAUAUACAAUACGAAACUUAUCAUCGAUGGUUUAAGUUUGACUUCGCAAUUGUACAGGUCGCUCAAUUGUUUUUCUGCAUUCGGAGGUGACUACGACAAGUAUGCAGAUUUUGUUAGAAAAUUCUUCAAAAAUUUAAAGAGAUGUAACGUAGAACCUUAUGUUAUAUUUGACGGCAGCUACGAGAGAAAAAAGAUAAAAACUGUGUUUUCACGGUUGAGAUCGAAGCUAAAGAAUGCUUCCAGACUAGAUCCAGUCACACAAGACAGUUUGCAGAUCUUUCCACUUCUAUUGCGAGAUGUAUUUAGAGAUGUACUUGCGGAGAUGGAUGUGCCUUAUAUGAUAUGCGAGUUUGAGGCUGAUGAUGAAAUUGCCUCAUUGGCUAGACAUUUAAAUUGCCCAGUGUUGAGCUACGACUCUGACUUUUUUAUAUACAAUGUUCUGUAUAUUCCUUUCAAUACACUAGAAAUAAAAUCUAAGCCGAUAAAUAUCGAAGGAGAAAGCAAACAUUGUAUGAAAUGCAAAAUAUUUAAAGUUCAAAAUUUAACUGAACACUUUGAAAUUAAGGAUGACGUUCUACCCCUGUUGGCUAUAUUACUAGGUAAUGAUUAUAUAGAAAAAAGAGUUUUUCAAAAGUUCUUUUCUCAACUCAAGCUGAAAAAGUUUAAAAAGAGAAAUAACAGUCAACAGAGAAGCAUUCACACAUUAUUUCAGUGGCUUCAAAAUGAGACGCUGGAGACGGCUAUUGUAAAAAUUUUGGGAAGAGUGAAAAAUAAUGAGAAAAAGAAGGUGCUGCAAAUCAUUAGAAAAGGUAUCGAAGGGUACAACAGAAAGAAGUGCCAAUCAUUGUCCUAUUUUAAUGUCUCCUCUGAUAAAAAUGAAUCAAAUGAAUAUGAUGACAUUGAAAUGAAAAUAGAGAAAAUCUUAAACUUGGAGGCUACAUCUGUAGGGGACUCGAAUGAAAACUGUGAAGACUGUGAGAGUAGCACAGAGGAAGGUACUGAAGAUGAAGAGGAUGAUAAUGAUGUUGAUCAGUUAGUACAAGAAAAUACAGAGUCUAAUGCAGAUACAAUAUUACCAGAAUGGUUCCAUAGUAAAGUUCAAAAUAACCUAAUUCCAUUCUCAUUUUUAAAUCUGUAUACAAAUCAUAUAUACUUCUGUAGUCCGCAGGCAGAUGAUUAUUCUGAUGAUGAUCCUUUCAUUUGCACGUUACCUAUUCUUCGGUAUGCAUUUGAUCUUCUCACAGACUCUGAAUAUGACUACUGUGUUUAUAUUGGCAGAGAAAAAUGCAUGUACAAAAAGAUGUUUAUAGAAACAGAUAUGUCUAUAGAAAGUUUUGCAGAUAAAAAAUUCUGUAAUUUAACACUUGAAGAGCUGCAUCAAUGUUUUUACCACUUCCUAAGAACCAAAAUGCCUAAAUUAGAUACUGCGAUGAUUUCAUUGUUACCAGCUAGCUUUCAACUGUUUAUGAUUUCUAUGUUGUGGUGGAUUAGUACCUGUAAUGUUCCUAAUACACAUGUGCAUAGUCUGUUGGUAUCAUACAUGAUUCUAGAAGUUAUUGAUGAGAAGACUGGUGGCGCACGAGGACAUUUCCUGUUUAACAGUAAGCAUGCAAAGAAACUUGAGCAGCUGCGUAGUGAGCUACCUUCUGACUUGGUGAUGGAUGAAUUAUUUCUGAACAAAAAUAAAGUGCAAUAUGACGACUGCUUAUUAGCAGCCAGCAUUCUUCUAAAACAUUUUGAGAUAGACGAUAGCAUAAGAAAGAAACCAAAAACUUAUGAUGUACAGAGAAUUCACUCGUUUGCACAAUUUCAGUGUUGCCUGCUGCAGUUCAACUCUUUGAACACACUAUGUGGGUUGCCAUACGAGAAAACUGUAUACCACAAGUGCUACAAUGGCACACUGAUAUAUAAUUUAGCUUUGAAAAUGGAAAAGCAAACAGAUCCUGAACUUUUUAUCACACAAUACCUUAUAGGAGCAUCUUCAUUGUUAUUAUAUUACAAAAGUAUGUGCUCAAUAUUAAAUUCUCUUUUAGAUAAAAUUUGUAUAAAACCUAUUGUAAAAAUGCCAAAAAAGAAAAAAAGAGUUCAAAAGAAAGUUGAUGAAAUUGAAGAAUUGUUAAAAGGGUUAGAGAUUGAUGUUUUAUAAAAAAUAUGAAUAUUAUAAUAUUUUAUAUAUUAUGUA